AACACGGAAAGUGCUUGGCUACCUCCAAACCACCCCCCUUGUGCUUAAAAAGGACAAUAGCAGAUAAGCCUUUGCACAAAGAAAAGCGUUCGCUUUACUUGAUAGUAGUGGUACUCAUUUCAUAUGCUGUAGCACUGUUACAUAAUAAUGAGAAGUUACACACAUAAUUUGUGAAUGCAUCGCUGUUGAGUACAAUUGGGUGUGUCAAGGAUCGUGCACCUCUAAUUACUCGCAUUAUCACUACUUUUAACAAACUCAGGUCGGUCAUCUAAUAUUGAAAACCCGUUAUUCUUCAAAUUGCUACUGCUUUAACUAUUUAGAGUUGACAUGUGAUUCCUUGAAAUCAGCUAGACCGACACUCUGGAUCAAACGUCUGUGAUCAGGUUGAUGGGAAGGCAUUUAACUGCAGAUGUCGGGAGAAAUAGACACUUCGAUUCCAGUUGACCAGGAUCUACUUUAUAACUUGGAAAUAUCAUCUCAUCAGCAUGUAAAGGGAAUAGACACCCCUUCAAGUGAUCUUAAAACCUUUUCCAAAAACGGUGGAAGCACGAUGUCUUUACGACGGACCCUUCGCCACCUGUGUAACGUGCGGAUAGGAAUCAAAUCAGGACUGGUUAUCAUAUUGGCAUGCCUCGCUUUUCAUACUGUAUUCAUCCUGCUAGUACGGAACGGUUACAUAAUGCCCCUAGGGAAAGAGAAAAGGGACUCUGAUAAAAGGCGAGAUGUCGCCGAGUUAUCGGGGAAGCACUCGGAAGUUCCCUCGCUGAUAAAGUCUCCGCAGAUUGGAGCAGAUAAGUUGAAUGCAGAAGAUGAUUUGAAGCCCCUUAACUUAAAUGAAAUCGUUCGAAAUUUAGCACAUCUAGGAAGCAAUAGUACUAAAGAUGAUUACAGUGAGGAAGAGGAGAGCACAAGCGGUACUAACAAAACAACUGAUCAGAAUCAGCUUCUGGAUAAUGAAAAGCAAGAAAGGGAGACCGUUGCAAAAAGGGAGAGAUCCGCUGAACAGGUUACUGAAGAGCUCACGAAAAAGACCUGCAUUAGGUACUUGUCGAUCUACGCGCCUCGCAUGGCACCUUUUCAUUACUGGCGCGAGUAUGUGAAUCUAGAACAGGCGUUCAAAGAAGCGAAGGAUGUAAACAGUUCCUACUACGAUAGUCGGAUUGUGCAGCGCCGAGAGUUUCCAUCGAUGUUUGUUGAGUGUCCUGGUUACAGGUGCGAUGUCGCCCUGAGGCCGACGGCGGACGAGCGAUUUUUAGCACGGAGCGACGCUGUCCUGAUCAACCUUGUUCCCCAGGAGUUGCGCUAUAAGAUGCCUAAACUCUCCGAGCGACUCAUGAAGAUUCUUCCAAAGAGGGUCAAGGUAUUUUUCUACGCCAUGGAAUGCCCGCUGAUGAUGACUCACUGGGACAAUACCAUCAAAGACAUCCAGUACCACUACACGAUGACCUAUCACUCUGACAGCGAUGUUUAUUUCCCGUACGGUAGGUACGUUCCGGGUGUGCCAACGGACACGGAGAUGAUCAACUACGCAGAGAAUAAGACUAGUCUUGUAGUCUGGACAGCUAGCAAUUGCAAUAACACCUUCUGGCCGCGGCUGGAAUGGGUGCGGAAUCUAGAGAAGCUCUUGGAUUUUGAUACCUUCGGCAGGUGCGGCAAACUAACAUGCCUUCCACCUUUAUCUCCCAUCUGCACGCAGCAACAGAAGAUCUAUAAGUUCUAUCUAGCUCUUGAGAACGCACCUUGCGAUGAGUACGUCAGUGAGAAGGUGUGGGUGAAUAGUCUCAUGAGUGGGUUGGUACCCAUCGUCUACGGCGGCAAACGGGAGUCGUACGAGCGUCUCCUUCCGCCAAACUCUUUCGUCCAUCUCAGUGACUUCGCUUCGCAGGAAGAACUCGUUGACUACCUGAAGAUGAUCGACAAGAAUGACAACCUCUACAACGAGUUCUUCGCCUGGCGGAGGGAGGGCCGGGUAGAGAGGGUCUACCCGGAUCUCUAUCCGGAAUCAUUCUGUCGGGUCCUUCCUAAACUGUCAAAGUACAGCGCCCCUCCGGUUCGGAAAAUCGGAGACUCCAACUACUUUCAGGCGUGCCGAGGAGGGCCGCAUAGAAACUUUACCCAACACGGAGACCUUCACAGUUGGAGUCCUUGGAGGUAGUGAAUAACAAAAGGUCUCAUGUCACAUCUAUUUUCAAAAAUAUUUAUUGAUAUUAAACUUUUUAUCUUGGUUCUUGCAUCCGACAUCAGCGUUCGUCACCUGCGACUGCACAUUGACACUCCAUAAUGCGUUGACAAUCUCAUUGGUGUUCCCAAUAAAUAUAAACAAGGAUAAUUCUUAUUCACUCAGAAGAGCCACUUCAAGCCUUUUGCCUUUAAAUUGUUCUUCCAGUAGGCCCAACAAAUGUAAUAAUGUUAUGAUUCCCCUUCUCCAUACUGAAAACAUGUACAUGGUGCUCCUGACAAAAAGACAGAAGGUCCCUUUUUAUGACUCGGUCGGGGAUCGAAUCUAUGACCUCCCGUUCAUGAGGUGGGCGGGGUACCACUGAGCCACCAUGGCACUUAUAAAAUGUGCGGCUCAUACUAAGAUAAGUUUUCUUCCAUCACUUAAUCAGCCUUCCUUGAUUAUUUCCCGAUCAGUGAUAAAAGAAAGGUUAUAUCAUAUUUAUUCAUGCUCCAUAUUGUGUAGUCGAACUAUGUGAAAUGUUGUUUUAUUUCUAUUUGAAAACACUGUCGAUCAAGCAGAAUGCCUAUUUAAUGAAAACAUGGAAUUCCCUUAGAAAUGAAAAUGAUAGAAUUUGUGAAAUAAUUAUUUUUCUCAUAUUAUGUAUGGGGUCUCCUUAACCC